UGGUCUGAGUUCCUCUGUGUUGUCAUCUCUCCAGGUUAUCAUUAUGGGAACCCCCUGAACGAAUAUGUGCGUCACUACGAGGGCCUGUCCUAUAACUCCUAUGAGUUGCACGACAGGCACCUGAGAGUCAAGAGGGCCCUCAACCACCAAGAUAAGUUUCUCCAUCUGGACUUCCACGCACACGGAAGGUUAGUGUCCCGGAUAUUUUCAUUGUGCGUGUAUGUCUCUGUGUCCGUUUUGGUGAUAUGGUUUAUUUUGUUUAAAAAAAAAAUAAUAAUAAUAAUAUUGAAGUGAAGUACCAGGUGUGAACCUUCAACUUCAAGAUGAGUCUUGUUCCUCAAUUACUGAACCGUGAUGUUCUCAAUAAAAUAGGCAUAAUUGUUGUUUUAAAGAAAGUUGUUUAGCCUUGUUUUCAUCUUUGAUUAUUUUCAUAGAACAUAG